AUGGCUGGACAAUCCAAGCCCGCAAUCUCUCCCUGGGGAGGAGCUGUUGCCGGUGCUACUGGCGCCGUCCUCGCAAACGCUUUAGUGUAUCCUCUAGACAUCGUCAAGACCAAGCUGCAGGUGCAAACGAAGCAAGUCUCCGGAGUUAAGAGCGACGACGACACACCACACUAUUCUUCGACCUGGGAUGCCAUUUCUCGCAUUGUGCAGGAUGAAGGCCUAAUUGGCUUAUAUGCAGGCAUUAAUGGCUCUCUUCUUGGUGUCGCCUCCACCAACUUUGCGUACUUCUACUGGUACACUAUGGCGCGAACUCUACAUGCCAAAUACACCAAGAGCACUGGUACCAACUCUAUUGCUACAGAACUUUCACUGGGUGCGGUAGCCGGUGCUCUUGCGCAAAUUUUCACCAUCCCCGUUGCCGUCGUUACGACCAGACAGCAGACGGCAUCUAAAAGCGAGCGCAAAGGCCUUAUUGCUACAGGAAGAGAAGUUGUCGAAGGCCCUGAUGGCGUUAGUGGCCUCUGGCGUGGCCUCAAAGCCAGCUUAGUUCUUGUUGUAAACCCAGCCAUUACCUACGGAGCUUAUGAGCGCCUUAAAGUCAUGUUCUUCAACGGCCGAAACAAUUUGAAGCCUUGGGAGGCUUUCGUUCUCGGCGCUGCUUCCAAGGCUCUCGCUACUAUUGCAACCCAGCCACUUAUUGUUGCUAAGGUUGGUUUGCAAUCCAAGCCACCUGCAUCAAGAAAGGGCAAGCCUUUCAAGAGUUUCAUAGAAGUUAUGCAGUUUAUCAUCGAGGAUGAGGGUCUCUUGGGCUUGUUCAAAGGCAUUGGACCCCAGAUCACCAAGGGUAUCCUGGUGCAAGGUAUUCUGAUGAUGGCUAAGGAACGUGUCGAACUCUUAUUUAUCCUCUUCUUCAGAUAUCUCAAGUCGCUCCGAACAGCACGGUUGGAGAGACUCGCUUCGGCAGCUGCUAGCAGAGCGCCAGAGCUUGCCGCCAAAACCGCUUCAAUUGUAUCUGCUAAAUAA